AGCUGGGGAACAGAGCCAGGCAGUUCCCCUUUGCAGCAGCAGGCGGGCAGCCGGCGUGACAGGCCAGGCCAGGGCAGUACCAUGGACAGCUCACUGCCGAGCGCUUACUGCAGACCAGACUAGGCCGGACUUUGACAUGAAGCCCUGGGCAAAGGGGACCUCGGGGGGGCUCCGUUCUAUUCCAGGGGGAGCAGCGUGGGGGACAGCGCAGAGGGAGGCCCGUUGGAUCUGUACCCUAGAAGGGUUUGUUCUCUUCGGCGCGCAGACCCUCCCUAAAGAAAGAGUCCAGGCUACAAUCGGAAUCGACUUCUUAUCGAAAACCAUGUACCUGGAAGACCGGACAGUACGACUGCAGCUCUGGGACACGGCGGGCCAGGAGAGGUUCCGCAGCCUGAUCCCCAGCUACAUUCGGGACUCCACCGUGGCCGUGGUGGUCUAUGACAUCACGAACCUCAACUCCUUCCAGCAGACGGCCAAGUGGAUUGGCGAUGUCAGGACAGAGAGGGGAAGUGACGUCAUCAUUAUGCUCGUGGGCAACAAGACCGACCUGGCAGACAAGAGGUAA